AUGGAUAAGCGACCUACAAAUAGGACGACGUCUUCAACUCAAGAGCCAACACACCUCGACCUUGCGGAGUAUCAGGCGGAAUGGGCUCGGAUUCAUGAGAAUACUGUCAGACAGCUUGAGCAGCUUAAAGCAAACGGACAGUCUGGAAAAGGCUCAGGAGCAGGGUCCCAGAGAUCUCCCUCGGAUCAGUCUCCUAGCUGA